GUCGCGACUGCUCAGGAAUGCGGAGAAAGUCGAUAUGCUGCACUUCCUCGUGAGCCACUCAGCUGCAUUCUCUGCCUUCUUUUUUGUCUAUUUUUCAUGCAGCCUUUUCUUUUUUGGAUUUUCAUUUUUCUUUUCAGAAUUCUUCCUCAAAAUCUUUCCCUCCCAAUCCUUCUCUCUUUCUUGCCCCGUCAUUCUUUUUUACUGGUUUCUGGCCAAUGUUGGCUCAACCGAAGAAAGAGACUAACUAGUAGUACUCUUUUAUCCUCCCCAUCCAGAUCAAGAAUCUUCGAAGCAUUCACACAUUGGCCGUUAAAUUCAGUCACCUUUUCUCACACCCUCUCAUUCUCGGGGGCUGGUCCAUAGUAAGUUGAAUCCCUCUAACCGCCUCACCGCGUUGCCCAACGAUCCCUCGGGACGGGCAGAGGAUUCACGCCUGCAGCCCGUCGACAAAUGGCAGCCAUCCUGAUGGAGUCGCCCCAGUGGCCCCAACAAGAUAGUCCAGAAUAAUCAUAAUUAAUCUCUUAUAUGG